UCCCCCUCUUCCUCUUCCUACUCCUCUUCCUCUUCCUACUCCUCCUCCUCUUCCUCCUCUUCCUCCAGGUCAUCCCUGACUGGAAGGAGCAGGAGUGGGACACAGAGAAGCCAGAAUCCUACGCUGGAAUUUUCCACUUCCGCUUCUGGCGUUUUGGCGAGUGGGUGGACGUGGUGAUUGACGACCGGCUACCGACGGUGGACAACCAGCUGGUCUACUGCCACUCCAACGACAGCAACGAGUUCUGGAGCGCUUUGGUGGAAAAGGCCUACGCCAAGGUUUAUGGCAUCUACGAGGCUUUGGACGGGGGAAACACGGCUGAUGCGCUGGUGGAUUUCACUGGUGGGGUUUCAGAGCCUGUGGACCUGCUGGAGGGUCAGAUGGCAACAGACGAGGUGGCCCGGAACCAGCUGUUUGAAAGAGUCCUCAAAGUCCACAACAGAGACGGCCUCAUCAGCUGCUCCAUCAGGGCGACCACCAUAGAGGACAUGGAGGCCCGGCUGGACUGCGGCUUGGUAAAAGGCCACGCCUACGCUGUGACGGACGUAAAGAAAGUGCGGCUCGGUCACGGACUGCUCGCCUUCUUCAAGUCGGAGAAGCUGCACAUGAUCCGCAUGAGGAACCCCUGGGGAGAGAAGGAGUGGAGCGGCCCCUGGAGUGACAGCUCGGAGGAGUGGAACAAGGUGAGCAAGAGCGAGAGAGAAAAGCUGGGCGUCACUGUGCAGGACGACGGCGAGUUCUGGAUGACCUUCGACGACUUCUGCCAGUACUUCACCGACCUGAUCCUGUGCCGCCUCAUCAACACCUCCUACCUUAGCAUCCACAAAACCUGGGAGGAGGAGGUGAUGAGGGGCUCCUGGGUCCAUCGGCAGGACCCCCUCCGCAACCGGUCCGGAGGCUGCAUCAAUCACAAAGCCACCUUCCUGCAGAACCCACAGUACGUGUUCGACGUGAAGAAGUCGGAGGACGAGGUGCUGAUCUGCUUACAGCAAAAAGAGAAGAGAGCCACACCCAAAGAGGGGAAAGGAGAAAACCUCGCCAUAGGCUUCGACAUUCAUCGGGUGGAGCUAAAUCGAAAGUACCGUAUGCACUCAGCCCAGCAGAAAGUAGCGGGCUCCAUCUACAUUAACUCGCGCUGCGUCUUCCUCAGGAAGGAGCUAAAGGAGGGCCGCUACGUCAUCAUUCCCACAACGUUUGACCCCGGGCAGCAGGGCGACUUCCUGCUCCGUGUCUUCACUGAUGUGCCUUCAGACUGCAAGUAA